AAAAUGAAGCAAAUUGUAGUGAUUGGAGCUGGUGUAAAUGGUCUUUCUGUAGCUGUGCAGUUGGCGGAACGAUACUACAAUCUCGCGAAUGUAACUCUGAUAUCCGAUGAAGUAAGCCCCAAUACCACCGGGGAUGGAUCCGCUGGACUCUGGGGUCCUUACUACUGUGGUAAAACACCGGAUCACAAAAUAGUCAAAUGGUCAAGCGAAACACACAUCUUUUUCCACGAGCUAUGGAGGCACGGUUUAGCUGGUAAAAUCGGUGUCUGCCUACAGCCAUGCAUGCGGUUAACGACGGAUCCGGACGGUUACGCUGAACCCUCGUGGAAGAGCAUCGUUUUCGGUUGCCAGAAAAUAGCCGAACCAGAGCUAAAGCGUCUCAGUAACGAGCAUGGUCGCCGGUACACCGGUGGUUAUCAUUUUGCAACGUUCACCUGCGAACCAUCGGGUUUAUUGCCGUACUUGUUUAGUCGCUUUCUUACCGUCGGUGGGAAAUUCAUCAAAGCGAAGGUUACGGGUUUUGACGCCGAUCUUAUCGGCCGAAAAGUGGAUCUUAUUGUAAACUGCAGUGGCUUAGGGUCACUGGAAUUGGCGAAAGAUGACGCGAUGCUACCUAUUCGCGGACAGGUGGCUCGUGUGAGCGCACCAUGGAUAUAUGAAGUCAUUCUGGACGACAGUGACGAUGGCAAUUACAUCAUUCCUAAUAGUGAGACAGUUAUACUAGGCGGUACUCACCAGAUGAACGACUUCAAUCGGAACGUCAGCCAAGAAGACAGUCGGUUUAUCUUCGAUGGAUGUGAGCGGAAGCUUCCCAGUCUUAAAAAUGCUAAAAUUACUGGAGAGUGGGUCGGCUUGCGGCCCGGACGAGAAAGCGUACGACUGGAGCUGGAACACUAUCAAAUGGUGAACGGAACCGGUACGAUCCCUAUAAUUCACAACUAUGGACAUGGAGGCUGUGGUGUUACACUGUGUUGGGGAUGUGCUAAAGAGGUUGUAGAAAUCAGCGAAACACUGAAUUGGAACCAGGCCACACCAUCGAAGCUUUAG